UAUAUAGAAUCACUACAAGUCUCUAGGUCAGUGGUUAACGCUAAUCUCCGAUUUGUGAAUAAUACUUCUUAUAUGAAAAAUAAUCAAAAUGUUUGUUCUUAAUUAUAAAAUACCAUAGUGUAAAUAAACGGUAAUUAAUAAGGCUAUCGCUUAUCGUUAAUUCUGUAAAUUAAAGAUAAUUUGUUGUUAGUGUAUUAUUGACCAGGAAAGUGAAAUGAAUGAGAGAAGGACAAAAUGCUCGAGCGCGAGUGUAGGAUUGUUGAUGUUAUUGUUGGUUUUUACUGUGCAGUUGGAGUGUAAAAAACUAGGGGGCAGAACAUGGAGCAGCCGUCCCGCCUCCCGACCCUCGACCCAUUACAGACCAUCCCCUCCCAGUCGGCCAGUGAGUCAUCCAUCGCCAGCCAGUCUCAGCUAUCCGAUCAGCCGUCCAUCACCAAGCCCCAAAUCGCCUUCUGGCCAAGUAUCCAGACCAAUCGGUCUCGGUGGUUUACCAUCACCUAGUCACGGACUCGGAUCGGGCAGUACCAAUACUGCACAAAAGCCAAUCGGAUUCGAAAAGAUUAGUCCGGUAGGCUCUUCCGCCGGACCUAAAGGCCCUCCUUCAGCACCCAACUUCGGCUUCGGUGCGGGUGGAUCCAGCCCUGGCAAAUUGGGAUUUGAAAACGUUAAACCCGUCGGAUCUGCGGCAACUGGCGGACACAAGACUGGAUCUGGACAUCCCGGUACAGGCACUGGAUCUGGACAUCCCGGUACGGGCACAGGAUCCGGACAUCCGAGUACAGGAACUGGUUCUCACGGAAGCGGCAGUAGUGGAGGAAGUAGUUCUGGCAACGCGCCUAAUUACGGAUGGAAUCUCAAUCAGCGGCAAGGAAGUCCAGGGAACACGAAGCCAAGCGCUCCCUCUGAACACUCGGUAAAUAGUAAACCGUUAGGAAACGCUAAUUCGGGAGGGCACCCUUCAGCGCCCGUGGGACCUCCUACCAACGUGAAACCUGUUGGGAAUGCUCCACCUCCAGGAGCUCCAUAUCAAGUACAUCCUCCACCAUAUAAUCCACACAAUCCUGGUGUGCCGCCGCCAUCCUACCAUCCCACCCACAAUGCAGCAGGUUAUGGGGCACCACCUGCCUAUUCCGGAUACGGACCUCCAGCGUAUCCAGGAUAUGGACAACAUGGUUAUCCCGGAGGAUACCAUCCUCAAGGAGGAGCCUAUGGUUAUGGCGCUGCUCCGGGUGGCAUCACGAACGUGAACAUUAACAACAUCAACACCAACACUCACUAUGGAGGAGGAGGAGGAUUUGGAGGCGGGUUCGGAGGGUUCGGUGGUUACUCUUACCCCAGUUACUCUUACACCUCCAGGGAAGUCGGGAGUGGAGCUUUGGGAUUCUUUUUGGGGUAUUCUUUGGCUAAAUUGACCACUCCAACGUUUCACUAUAGCGCGGGAUCUUAUAGCGGUUAUACGCCCAGAUACGAUCACUACGAAGUCCACCACUACUACCACAACCGCGACUCGGUGCCACCCCAAAGAACCAUCGAACCCAACGCGAUCGUCGGCUGUAUCGGCGACAGUGGCACCAUCUGUCCCGCAGGUACCACUUCCUUAUGCACCAACAACGGCGCCAUCUUGUGCGUGGCCAGCGCCACCUCGACAGUGCCAUGCAGUGACGUCAAAGGAGCCAAUUGCGUCCAAACCAUCGUGCCAUGCGUCAACGGUACCGGUGACUGUAAUCCGGGCGAAAAUAAAACCGUCACGAUACCGUGUAUAUCGAAAGCGGAGGUCCCGGGGAAUAUCACUUAUGUGAACAACACGAUUAUCACGGUGAAUACCACGAUUAUAAAUAAUAAUUUUAAUGGGACCAGUGUGAAUAGUACGUCGGUGACCAAUGGUACUACUACUACGGAGUUACCUGUCACGACAUUGUUGCCGAACGUUACGUCUGAUGGUGCAGCGAGGUCGAAACGUGAGGCGGCCACUCACGUGAAUGAGUUUUGCGUUACUAUAUUGGCGUUGCCUGCUGAACGGAAACCUUCGGAGCAGGAACAGUUGGUGGAUAGGAGUACGGAUAUUUUUGCUAAGUUUUUAGUUAGGGCACUAGGGGUUAAUUGAUUGGAUAAUUAGCUUCUUUUUCUUGCCAAAAGGUGAUUUUUAUAUAGAUGACAUAUUUUUUAUAAUAUAAUACUCGUUUUUAAUGAUGUGAUAUUUGUAAGUUAUAUAUGCACUAUAGCUUGUGUUAAUAAAAUACUAAGUUUUU